AUGGAAGAAUCAUCUGUGGAGGGAGAAAGGGAAACCAUGGCGAAAGCCCGAUUGACCCAAAGGCGGAAAGAGCUCUUUGGAGAUUGCAGACUAAUUGAGAUCAUCCAUCUCCACGAUUGUUUACGUGGAGAGCUGAACGCGCUCGAAAAGGGUGUUCUGGAAGUGAGUCAGUCGUUGCUGGACACUGGAAAUCAAGAAAUUCUCGUCAAGCUGGAAAAAGAAGUGACCAGCCGCUUCCAGAUUAUUUGGUCAGUCUUCAAAGCACAUAGUUCAGCUGAAGAUGAAUUCAUUUGGCCUACAUUGCGAUCGAAAACGAAAGGAAAGGUAACCGGAAGCCCUUCCUAUAGACCUGACCAAGAUGCUGAAGAUGUUCCACAAGAUCUGAAUGUUGUUGAACAAGAAGAAUACGAAGAGGACCAUGCAGACGAAGAGCGCAUGUUUUCUACUAUGAAUAGAAUGCUGAUCGAACUUCGUCAUUUGCUUUCACAACCGACCACCGCGUUGUCAAAGACUGCACAACCAACGAAAACGGCGACUGGAACUUCGAUAAUAACAGACGAAGCCAGCAUUGCGCCAACCUGUGUCGAAGGCGAUUCUGUGCACGAGGUUAUGCAACAGUUGAACAACCAUGUGAAACAUCUUUCUCGCCAUCUCCAACAACACUUGGAGAAGGAGGAGAAUCAGUGCAUGCCGCUUGUCGUCAAGCACCUAACCAAGGACGAAAUUCAUGAUUUGGUUGGAAAAAUUAUGGGAAAGAGAUCAUGCGACAUGAUUGCUCAGAUCAUGACGAUGGCUGUGCAGAAUCUUGGCGAGGCGGAAAGAGCUCAGAUGGUAGACUACAUGAAAGAAGCCAUGGCUGGUACGUUUUUCGAUCGAUGGUUGGCAAUGUCAGGUUGGAUGGAACCAGAGGAAAAGAAAGAAGAACCUGCUGAAACAGCAGAUGCUUCCAACAAUAAAAGGACACACGAAGCUGGCAACGGGGCCGGAGAAGAGACAAAAAGAAUUAGAUUGGAUCAAUUGAUUGCCCAUGCCAUUGUUGGGAAACCAGCGCAAACAACUCCAAAAACAGCUGAACUGCGCCGAAACUUGGGUUCUAGACUCACAACUGAGAAAGAACUUGAAAAACUGAUCCGUGCGGUAGCAACAAACCCAACUCUGUCAUCAAAACAGAAAAACACAACGAUUCAAGGAUUGAGGCAGUCAAUUUGGAAGAGGAAUCAAGGCAUCAAGAAACAAGCAGAAGCCAAAGUUGAAAGCAAGGACGCUCCAGCGUGUUCGGUUGACCCUUCAUCUACUACUCCAAGUGCCACAGCAAAGCCAGUAAUGUCAGGAACGUGCAUUCCUACACAACGCGGAAUCCCACCAACACAGUUCUUCGUCAAGAACAGUGACGGAAAGACUAUAAAGGCUUGGGAUAGCUCUGAUUCGAUCACCAACUCAACUGUUCCAGUUCCAACAUUCUCCACAACUGAGCUAGCUCCAACUUUCCAUGACGGUGCAUCUGGUGCUGUUCUUGGUUGCCCGCACUACGCUCGUUCGUGUAAACUUCGGCACCCGGUUUCUGGACGAUUGUAUACCUGUCGACUAUGUUGUGAACAGGACAGAGAAAACCCUGCGAAAGAAAAAGACGAGCCGCUCGAUAGAUAUACUGUCAAGGAAGUCAUGUGCAUGAAGUGCAACACGCUCCAACCAGCUCGAGAUAAAUGCUUGAAUUCAAGUUGUGAAUCACACGACAAGUCAUUCGCGAAGUACUUCUGUCGUAUUUGCCAUCUCUAUGACAACAGGCCCAGACCAAUUUUUCAUUGUCCAUACUGCAACACUUGCCGAAUGGGCAAAGGUCUGGGUAUUGAUUUCUACCAUUGCGUGAGAUGCAAUGCCUGUGUUUCAAUGGACGACAAAGAACAUCGAUGCAUUCCUCAAAAGCUUGAAAGUACCUGCCCAAUCUGUCACGACACUCUCUUCCAAUCAACGGAAGCUCUCAAAGGUCUCAAAUGUGGUCACGUCAUGCACCUGUCUUGUUUCACAAAAUAUCGACGUUCACAAAGCUAUACUUGUCCCAUCUGCAAGAAAUGUAUGGAAGACAUGAAUGACUAUUUUGCGUUGCUGGACGCUGCUGUUCGAAUGCAACCGAUGCCAUUUGAAUAUAUGAAUACUUACAGUAACAUUUACUGUCAAGAUUGUCAAAAGUCUGGUCAGUGUAAGUAUCACUUUGUUGGGCAGAAGUGUCCAACCUGUGGCUCAUACAAUACUAGGGAGCUUGGACGAGUCCAAGCCCAGACCACUCCAGUCGCCUACACCUAA